GAGAGGGCGGUCGGUGGCGGCGGCGGCGAGGCGCGAGGCGGUGGCGGCGGUGGUGCGGGCGGCGGGAUGACAGGGGAGGCGGCGGGAUUGACAGGGGAGGCGGCGGCCACGAGCGGAGCGGCGCGAGAAGGGGGGGGGGCGGCGGCGAGGCGCCGGUGAGCGAGGCGCCCGCGCCAUCAGAGGGACGCGCCGCUGCGAGAUGGAGGGCGGCGGUGACGGAGGCGAGGCGCGAGGCGGCGGCGGCGGCGGCGGCGGCGGCGGCGGCGAUGCCACUGCGACCGGCGUGCCCGGGAACGGAGAUCGCGCGCGCGCCGCCACUCACGACGCGCGCGCGAUCUUCGCGGAGUCGGGUCCCCAGAGGGAAGCGGUCUUCUCGGCCGACGUCCAGCGGCGCGCAAGGAAGCAGGCGCAGCGGAGGCGGCCUAGCACCGGCUCGGCGCCGGGCGGUUGCGCUGCCCGCGAGCCGCGUCCUGAGCCUCGGCAGCGCGCUGCGCGGCGCGGCGCUCGCGCUGCUGCG